ACGGAAAAGCUCAAUCAUGGCCGCAACAUCUGGAGGUGGAGUCCACUGGGGCACGGUCCAAAAAAUACUGAUUACAGCCUCAAACACCACCUUUAAAAGCUCGGAUGUUCCACGUCUUGUAGAUGCCAUACACGAGAGCAAAUCAGAAAUCUUGAAGCAUGAUGACAAAUAUGAGAAUUUCUACUCCUGCUUUGUGGCUCUGUCAGCCCACUAUAUUGCAGACCAUUCAUCGCUAUUGUCCAAGUCUAUGGUCGGCAGCGUGGUGUCAGCAUGUCAUGUCCUGAUGGACUUCUGCCUUCAGCGUAUGCUUAAGUUCAAGGAGGCAUGCUCUGUCUCACAGAGAAACCUGAUGUCUCUUAUCGAGGGUCUCUGUACUGGCGUAGGUCAACUUCAGAGGUCAAAUGUCGUGACCUUGACAGCCAUGCUGAAGACAGCAAAGAUGCCUGUAUCAACAAAACAGGUUGCAGAAGAGACCACACUGAUCCAAGUGAAGGAGGCUCAGCGUAUAUCGAGAACAGACUUUGUGAAGCAGCUGAUGUCAGCUUUCAAAGACACCGGCACAGCAGCCUCUGGAUCCUCUAGCAUGCUAAAGACCAGUGUGAACAAUGAACCAGAGACUUUGAAAUCCAUCGAGAAAGAUGGCAGCCGUUCCUACUUUGCCUCCAGGAACAUUGACAACCUCCAUUCCCUGCGAGGGGCAGACAUUCUCCUAGAUGUCUGCCUUAAUCUGCCUUUCCUUCAACGAUACAUCAACAACUACAAGGAAGCUACUACAGGCCAGGGAUUCGUCCUGCCAAACACGUUCAAUGAUGCGAACAGUAUCAAAGCGAACUUCCCAUCUCUUCUCAACGACAUGACCAUCGUCAACCGCGUCCUUGACCUCCCGACCCUUGAACCCAUGACCGCCACCCACCUGGAGAAGGUUGCCACGGUGAUCAUGAGCUGCCUGUACGCAGCCAUCGCUGCGGCUGUAGCCAGUAGCAUCAUGAGUGCCGGGGGGAGCCACGUCAGGACCGGGUCGGAGUCUCGAGUUGGAAGCAUCACGACAAUGAAAGAAGAAGAGCUGGAGAGCAUCUGCAAUUCUGUCGUUCUGAAAGGACUUUCCCUCUUUGAGAAACUCACCAGCAACAUCAAAUCAUCAACGAGAGCUAGCGGACAUCAUAUUCAAAACCUGUACCUGAUGGGCGCAUGGUGUGCCCUAGGAGGGAUGGAUCACAUCUUAACCCUCACGGCUCAGACGGCUGCAUCCUCGGCCAUGCCUGUACCCCCAGAGAAGGGCAAGGACAAGGAGGAGAAACCAGCUGGCCCCGCCCAUGCCACACCCACACCGCCGGGAAAGGUUCCACCUGCUGCUGCAGCGCCUGCCUCCAAGACGACCAAGGGUGACGCCAAGGACACCGGUGUUCCACCUACGGCUCCAAGACCAACCUCAGCUAAAUGGUCGCAAGGUUUCAGCAGCCUGACUGUGGCCCUUUCAUCGUUCGUCUUGAAAAAUUUGACUCAACUCCUAGAAGACCUCCACAUCGAGAGGCUAUCACAGGACAGCAACAUUGCUAAGGUUCACCAAGCCAAGCUAGAGAUCCUACCUCCAUUCACUGCCACACAGAGGGUUAAGACCAUUCUAGAAGCGUACCCUCUCACCAGUCUACUACUCAACCUCUUCACGGGCUCAUACAAGAAGGCUUGUACACUGAUCCGUCUGAAGAGCGAGAUGGAGGACGCAGCAGAUGAUGAGAGCGACUCUCAUUCCCUCAACGAAUGCUUUGUUGGAGAGACAGGCAGCUAUGAAGAAUCAUCAGAAGAUGAUGACAGCGAGCCCAUCCUUGGCCCAUGGUUUGAGGAAUCACUCACCUCCGAACCGGAAUCCAAGGACUCCACCCCUACAGCCCCGCCCCCUCCUCCUCCCCCGUCAGAUGAUAAGAAAGACGGUGAGAAGCAGGAUAGCACCAAGGCUCUGCUAACGGGAGACCUCAACGACAAGGAGGAGGCGACUGAGUACCUGAAGCUGUCUAGAGACGUACUGCAGUUUCUCACAGGGCAUCUCUUCCAAAUCUCUGAAGACUUAUGCCAACAAUUCCCAAGCCUAGAAUUUCAGGAGCAGCACACGGCUAGCCUAGCGAAUGUACUAAAAGACCUGGACAAAGGAAUAGUCAAGAUGGAAAACAGUCACCUGACUGAUGAGUUCUCCAGUGUUGUGAUGCACUUCUGCCACACACUCCUAGCUACAGACCUUCUCUCGCCCAAGCUCCAGGAUGUUCUGCUUGGCCAUCUUGGUGUCCAGCCGUCCAGUUCUAGCAGCUGGCCCCUCAGCCUGCCACCCCGCACCCUGGCCGUCCUAGCCCACAUCUUGGUCAAGCGACAGCAGACAUGGAUGGGUACCAGCGAGAAGGAGCAUGGCAUGACGGUCGGCCUCAGGGUCUGGCAGAAGUUCCUCUCGGUGUUGAGGGAGUGGGCUCUGAAAACAGACACGCAACCAGAGGGUGAAGAUGUGAAUGUGGAGCACAUCCAGCUACUGCUGUUUGUGUUUGACAGCCUCGCUAGGAGUAGCAAGAUGAUCAUCCUCACCCAGUGUGCCAACAUCAUCGUAGAGGCUUCACAGUCUAGGGAUGCAAAGACCAAGAACCCGCUGGCUGUGUGUCGUCUCCUCCUCAUUUUUGAGUACUUUCUGCAUCACUACUCACAACCUCCUCCCCAGCUUUAUGACCAGGUGCAAUGGAACAUCUUCACCGUGCAAUCAUCGGACCCCGCCCUAAUGCUCUACCAAGAGGAACGCGGCGGGAUCGCCGUCACCAAGUUCUACACCCCGUGCAGGGAGGUGGAGGAGAACUAUCGCAAAGUCACCAUGGGAGACAACCACUUUGCCGUCAUGGACGGAUCCACCUUCAAACGGAGCUUCUACAACCUAAUCUCGGCUGAGACAGAUAGGAACGGACCCUGCAUCGACAAAGGGGCAUGCGAGGUCCUGUAUGACCCCAACUUUGACUACAACGAGCUCUACUCUGCCGUCAUCGAACUCAUGGGCGUCGGCAGCGAGUGUCACCUCCAGGCAUCCCAGAAUGCCACGCCCUUCGAUCACAUGGACGGCUGCUCCAUCCACUACACGGCCAGCGUCUGCUGGAGGCUGCUUGGUCAAAUGGCGCCAUCUGUGGCGUACAUCAAGCUGCUUGAAGGGCAGCACUGUGAUAGCGAGCGACCUUUGACCCAACAUGAGGUCCUGCACUCCCUGCGAUGGGUACCGCGCAUGCCAUCCGCUAAGUACAAAACUUGGAUCAAGGAACACCUCUGUGAACAGAGACUCCCAGACACAGAGGCAGAGAGCCUCCUUGACAUAGUCAUCAAGCACUGCCACACUGUCAAGUUUGAUGUUCAGAUGGCCCAAGAAUCCAUCGCCAGACAGCUCUCACAAAUGCCCUUGGACGCAAGACCGACCGAUGUUCUCCCAGCCUCUACCCUUCCCAGCCUGCACCUGCUCUACACCAUAGAUUCCGUCAUCGGAAAGCUGCGGAUCUCACUUCAGGAUAGAUUCAUGAAAGCCAUGGAUGAAGACGAUCCCCGUGCAGGAAUGGAAGUGGCCCAAGAACUUCAGCCAAUCAUCAGUCAGCUUGUGGAAAUGUUCGGCCUGUAUUCCAGAUCGUGCUUGCUCGGCCAGCUGGACAAGAACUCAGAUAUGAAAUUGGAGCAGCUGACUUGCAGAGCCCUCUCUGGCUACGGAGCCGUGCUGCGCAUCGCAUCCAACCGUGCCUCGCCGGCCUCGGCCCACGGCCUCACCAUGCUCAUGGCCCUGCCCAGUCCUGUUAAAAAGGCUGUGGAGAAAUGGAACGGGAUCUCUAUGGGAGACUUCCCAUCCAUCCCCUCAUUGGGUGACAAUUCUACAGAGGAGACCAACUUGUCGGAGAAUUACUUGAACUUGCUAAGAACAGCUCAUCUUGGAUUGUACUCAAAUCAGACAACUUUCAACAUCGCAGCAGCUGUACAGCAUGUCAUGGCAUCACUUGUCCGCUUCACUUCAGAUCUCUCAGACUGGUGUCCAGAGUCUAAGGCCAACAAGGAUAGAAUGGUCGAAGUUCUCCUCCCGUUGCUCCUGGAUGCAAGCACAGAAUCGGUUGCAGAAUCGGCAACUUCAGUAGUCUCUCAGAUUGUGGGCCCACAAGAUGGUGAGGAAUUCCUGACUAGAUUCUUUUUCCAGGUGUUCAGAACUUACCAUGACAUAUUCACCAAGCAUGCGCAAGACAGUGUGCUGGAUGACUGCAUCUAUCAAGAGUGUAUCCAAGCCAUGGAAUCCCAUCUAGAGAAAGAGGCUGCUAAGCGAGCCUUGGAGAAGCUCUAUACUGAACGAGCAGACCUUAUUGAUGUCCUGCUCUCAGCAGCCAAUGAAAACCUGUCGGUGGAAUAUGGAACAAAGAUCCUCAAGUUCUUCAACAAACUCAUGCAAAUUGCCGAGGAGCACCCAAGUGAUACCUACAUCGACACUCUCUGCUCCACGCUGGGUAGACAGGGUAGCUCCAACCCCAAGGCUCUUCAGAGUUGGCUCUCCCGCAUCAUCAGAGACAGUGAUCCCGGUGGUAAGGGGCAGGAGAACAGGGUCCUUCUACAGAGCCUGACCUCUUACAUUGUCAAGGAAAACAGUGCCGUUGGUGAAGGCGUGGCCUCUGCACUGCUGCGGGCACUCAUCCCCAUGUGUACUCAGCUUCUCUCAAACAUCGGCAGCGAGACGUUCGGCAUCGCGGAACUCAUGCCCGUCAUGAUCACACUGGCUGGUGCUGGGUCAGGCAUGGGUCAUAUUGAGCUGUUCAGUGCUGCAGGGGAGUGGCUAGCUUCAUGCAAAUCUUACCUGUCUCACAAAGACGUAGCAGAGAAGAUCGGUGAAGAUGUGACCGAAGGAAAGCACCACACAGUAAUGGAAGCAGCAUGCUAUCUCCUCUCCUAUGUAGCCAAUGUACUAGGAGCUCUCAAGCAGUCGGGAGACAAGUCUGCCCUCCCCUCUUUCGACAUGGAUGCUGCCUUGCUAGAUGUGGAUUCUGAUUGGGCGGAAGACAUUGCUAUGGAAGAAGAUGACUCGGGAGGAGAAGACUCAGAACAGGAUGAAGACUCGCUGUGUAACAAGCUAUGUACGUUCACCAUCACACAGAAGGAAUUUAUGAAUCAACAUUGGUACCACUGUCACACGUGUAAGAUGGUAGAUGGGGUCGGUGUCUGUACCAUCUGUGCCAAGGUCUGCCACAAAGGUCAUGAACUCUCCUACGCCAAGUAUGGCUCCUUCUUCUGCGAUUGUGGAGCGAAAGAGGACGGAUCAUGCCAGACCCUAGUGAAGCGCACGCCAGGCAGCAACCUGGAGUCCAGCAUGUCAAAUACAUCUGUCUCCUCUCCUUUCUCUUCCUCCAACGCCCAACCCUCCUCCAACCAACCCCCAUCCUCCGGGGGUGGUAGCACCAGGAGUUCCACCCUCCGCCACCGGGGUGGAGGAGGAGGAGGCAGUGGCGGUACGCCCACCGCUGUGCCUUCGUCCAUGAGUGUUCUCUCGUCGCCUGGCAACCGCAUCCAGGGGAGCGGUGUCGGUAGCAGUGAGAGUGGUAGCGGCAAACCCAGUGAGGAGCUCAUCAAGUUCAGGCAGAUGCUGGGACGCCAGCUGGAGAAGAAUAGAGAUUCCAUUCUCAAACUCCUAGAACAGAAUGGGAUGGCUACCCAUGUGAUAGAGCUACUUCAGUCCCUCAGCGAUCCCAUAGAGGCCCACUGCAACCGUACCUCGGCCGUCGGUGCUACCGCCAGGGCUCAGAAGGCUCUCCUGGACCUGCAUACGAGAGACAAGAAUACAGAGAGUACAGACCAACUCAUGGUCCCAACGCUGGGCUCCCAGGAAGGAGCCUUCGAGAACGUCCGAGCCAACUUCUCCGGCGACCAGGGCCAGACCAUCCGUCAGCUGCUCGGAGCUCACAUGCUACGCCGAGUGGCCAUGUGCUGCCUGGCCUCCCCCCAGGGUCGUAGGCAGCACCUCGCUGUGUGCCAUGAGAAAGGGCGCAUCACACUGCUCCAGCUCUCGGCUCUGCUCAAACAGGCCGACUCCAGCAAGAGGAAGCUGACACUUACUAGAUUGUCAUCAGCCCCAGUACCAUUUACUGUACUGAGCAUCACUGGAAACCCUUGCAAUGAGGAUUACUUAGCUGUGUGUGGAUUGAAGGACUGUCAUGUAUUGACCUUCACAAGCUCUGGAUCGGUUGCUGAUCACCUGGUCCUCCAUCCUCAGCUGGAGGCGGGUAACUUCAUCAUCAAGGCCGUCUGGUUGCCAGGGUCACAGACGCAGCUAGCCAUCGUCACCGCCGACUUUGUCAAGAUCUACAACUUGGCCAAGGAUGCCCUGAGCCCGACCUUCUACUUCCUGGUACCCAGUGGCAAGAUCAGGGAUGCCUGCUUCGUGUUUGACUGCGAGGAGCACUCUCGUACCCUGGUCCUGAUGUCCUCUGCCGGUUACCUCUACACACAGCCCAUGGAGGAAGCCAGCGAGGCCAAACAUGGACCGUUCUACGUCACCAACGUGCUGGAAGUCAAGCACGAUGAUCUUAAGGAUUCUGGCGGACAGAUUGCAGGAGGUGGUGUGUCUUGUUACUACUCUCACACACUGCAGCUUCUCUUCUUCAGCUUUGCACAAGGGAAAUCUUUCUGUGCUCCAAUCAAGAGCCAGCACCUAUCAAUUGAGAAGCUCUUCCCAAUCACUAUCAAGAGCAAUGGAUCUGGCAAGUCCAACAACCCUCCUCCCCUGUGUCAAUGGAGUGAGGUCCCCAUGCACCCAGGCCUGGUGUGCUGCCUGACCCAGACCAACAGCAUCCCGGUCGUCAUGAUGGUGGAACCGGAUCGCAUCAGGGUCCAAGAGAUCAAGACGCUACCUGCCAAGGCUAAGGUCCAAGACAUGGUGGCCAUCCGCCACACCUCUUCGACUGACCAGCAUCGUACCACCCUCAUCCUGCUGUGUGAGGACGGCAGUCUGCGUAUCUACAUGGCUAACGUGGACAGCACGGGAUUCUGGAUGUCACCUCAGUUCCAGGCGUCCAGCUCCAUCAGCACCCUCAAACCUGUGCGCAAGAAGAAAGCCACCAAGUCUGGGCGACCAACUGGUCAGGUUAGCUUCCCGGUAGACUUCUUUGAGCAUUGCCAAGCGAUGAAUGAUGUCGAGUAUGGAGGCAACGAUCUCCUUCAGAUCUACAACGUACAGCAAAUCAAGCACAGACUCAACACCACAGGAACAUACGUCGCUAGCACAAAGUUUGGCGGAUUCAGCAUUGAAGUCACGAACAACAAUAACUCCAUGGUGAUGCUAGGGGUCAGAGUUCAUGUUGGAACCCAGGCCAUUGAGAAAGCACCCUCUUACCUGGAAGUCUUUGGUAGAACAAAUCAGGUGACCUUGACAAGAAACAGAUGGUUUGAUAUGCCAUUCACCAGGGAUGAAUCUCUUACAGCUGACAAGAAGUUCACCCUCUUCGUUGGUCCAUCAUCGGAUCCAUCAGGCGUGACUAUGGUAGACUCCAUCAAGGUCUACGGCAAGACCAAAGAAGCAUUCGGCUGGCCAGACGAUCCCCCCGAUGACUUCACCACCUCCACCACCAACACCGCCACCUCUGGGGCCGGAGGAGUCCCCAGCAGCACCAACAGCAGCAGCAGUGCAGUCUCCGGAGCCGUCACCAACGGUACCAGCUCUGGUGGAUCAGGGGGAGGGAGUACAACCUCUGUGACAGCCUCGCAGAUAUCCGUCUCACACGCUGGGGAGAGUGAGGUCAUUGUGCCGCCUCCCAUCCCACUCACAUCGUUGGAUCGUCUGGUGGCAUCGUCCCUAGAAGUCCUGGAUGGAUUUGUCUCCCUUGUACAGAUGGAUGAGAGGGAACCAACCAAACAAACCAUUCGAGAUCUAGCCACGCAACUCUUGAUCCAGCCUACACCAACCUCAGUCCAGCAGUUUACCAAGACGCUACUGGCCACUGUACAGCCCUCAAACAUAGCCUAUCAUAACCACAAGGACCAGGCACAGCUCUCUCAUGUGGUCCAGUGUCUAGGCUCUGCCUUUGCAUCCUCCAGCACCACCCCCUCCACCAGCAUGAUGGCUACCCCAGCCCCGCCCUGUUCCACUGAUACGGGCUCUGAUACCAAACCCAUCGAGCUGGAUCCUGAGGCGUACCAGCGACUGGUGGUGACGGCACGCUCCGUGGCUGUCUCUCGCCCUCAGAACCUGGUCAGGUUUGCUGCGGGGACUGGUACAACGAUUGAGGGCAGGAUUCCAACAGUGAGGAAUAUUGGAGAUUUGGAAGUCACCGAUAUCGAGAUUGAGGAUAAGCUACAUCCAUCAUCCUCAUCCUCGUCAACCUCCAUCUCAUCGUCAUCGUCCUCUACCCCGACAUCGACGACCACCACCAGCACAGCCUCCUCGGACCUGAACAACGACCAGCCACUGCCGUUUGUCUCCAAGAAGCUUGCGAUGACCGAUGCAGAGUCCAAGCAUUUCUUGAACAGGUUGAUGGAUGCCUUCUGGAGGCUUCACGAUGGAAGGCCAGCUAAUCCUAUGCUGGCACCUGCAUGCCUACCAGGAUUGACCCACAUUGAGAUCACCAUUGGAGCCCUGGUAGAUGUCAUCCAUGCCUUUGCUUACAAUGACUCCUCCAAUGUUUCCCUGGCAACCAAGCUAUUGAUGAAGAUGCUCGUCUGUGAGGAUGUACAGGUGAGCUUCGCAGCCAAGCAGGCCCUCAUCAGAGUGAUGCGACCGAGACAGAAGCGCCGUCGAGUCAUCAUCCCAUCCCCGCCCCAGUGCAGCUCUCCACCGGUACCUGACGAAGGAGCCGAGCUGAACGUCGAUGAGGAGGAUGAGGAGGAGGAGGAAGAUGAGGGAGACAUGGAGACUGGUGUGAUGCAGGGAGUAGAGGAGGAGGAUGAAGAGGAGGAUGAUGAGGAGGAGGAGGAAGAAGAUGAUGAGGAUGAGAGAGAGAUGGCCAUGCAUCAUGAGGGAGAGGAUGGAGAGGGUCUCCAAGAUGAAGCUUCCUAUGAAGUAGUGGAACACUCUGAGCCCAUGGUCCUAGAACCUGGUGAUGUCGCUGGCAUCGGUGGCGGAGCAAACAACCAGCUCCCUCUGGAAGCCCUCCUGGGCGGGCGCGGCGGUUUCGCUCCCAUGCUGGAGAUCCCACCGGAAGCUGAUGAUGAAGCCAUGAUGGAGCUUGCCAUCGCUCUGAGCCUGCAGGAGCAGUCCAACCAAGGGGGAGGUGGAGGGCUGAACCUCCAGGGGCUCGGGCUAGGAGUAGGAGGAGGACAAGGACAGAGCUCCUCGUCCCUGGAGGAAGGGCCACUGUCUGAUACCACAGCAUCAGCUGCAAGUGAUGAUGAAGGAAGCACCGCAGCUACGGAUGGAUCGACCCUGAGGACAUCCCCUGCAGAACAGGGAGGGAGUGCUGGCUCUGAGAGCGGCGCUAGUGCAGUAGACUCCAUCACCGGAGAACAUAGUGUGAGUGGACGAAGCAGUGCCUACGGUGACAUGACCCACGAGCAUGCCUCCACCCAGGGCGAGAGCAUGUCCAGCGGUAGCGGUAUGGUCGGUCAGUCCACCUGCCGGGAGGAGAGUAGAGAUCUGACCGAGAACCUGACGGACAUCGACGGAGGUCACAGGAUGCAUACCCUGAGGCUCCUGCUGCUAGAAAGACUCCUGGAGUAUCUUCCAGACCUGAGGAUGGUGGGAGGUGUCAGAGCGAUACCAUUCAUGCAGGUGAUUCUGAUGUUGAGCUCUGACCUUGACCCUGAAGAUGACAAGGACAAGGGAGCCCUUGACCGUCUCCUCACCAUUGUCCUCUUCGAGCUCCAGCUGGACCGAAAGACGUUCGGUGAUGUCUCCGCCCGUACCCCUCACCACGAGGUGCAGCUUAUCGUCAUGAGGCUGCUCAGUGUCUUCAUGUCACGCACCAAGUCAGGCACCAAGCUGGCUAGUGAGUCAUCAACCCAGAUCUCCCAUGCUACAGCAGCUGCUCUGUUGAGUUGUGGAGCAGUGGAUCAUUGUCUACUCAUUCUCAAAGCAUUGCUGGACCACUGGAAAGAAACAGGCAUAGAUGAUGAGCCUUCUCCACCAGGAGGUAACCUUCUCAAGCCGCACCCUCCCUCAGCUCCUCCUGACAUGUCACCAUUCUUCUUACGUCAGUAUGUCAAGGGCCAUGCAGGAGAUGUAUUUGAAGCCUAUCCACAGCUACUGACUGAAAUGGUCCUCAGACUGCCAUACCAGAUGAAGAAGAUAUGUGACUCUGCUCCUUCUGUUGGUAUACCCAUCUUUGAUCAAGCCUGGUUCUACUAUCUAUGUGAGUACAUGAUGACCCAGCAAACACCAUUUGUGAGACGCCAGGUCCGCAAGCUCCUACUCUUCAUCUGUGGAUCCAAGGAGAAGUACAGACAGCUGAGAGAUCUUCAUGCACUGGAGUCGCAUAUGAGAGAUAUCAAGCAAAUCUGCUCCGAGAAUGGACUGCAUUUGGAGACUGUUUCUACCACUCCUAUAUCCCUACCAUAUGACACCCUCAUUACUCUGAUUGAGCAUCUGAAGGCAUGCCAAGAAGUGGCCACCUCAAGAACGACAAACUGGCAGAAGUUUGCCAUCAAAGACGAUACUGUUAUUCCCAGCCUUCUCCAAGCGAGCUUCCACCUUGACGAAGGAGUCUCGCCUCUCGUCCUUCAGCUCCUGACCUGUGCCCUUUGUGGGGUCAAAGGUCAACCCACAUCCUCAAGCUCGUCAUCGUCAUCCUCGUCGAGCUCCAGAGCGAAGAGAGAACGUGAACGAAAGGAGAAAGAAAAGGACAAGGACAAGGACAAAGAUAAAUCGGAAGAGAAAGAGAGCUCUCCAGUGCAUGACGAGGUGCUAUGUCAGGCAUUGGUGAACCAGCUCAACAAGUCGAUCAGCCGUGACAUCCUCCGUCGUUUCAUCAGGACCCAUCUCCUGGAGUCUAACAACACAGCUCUGCGCUGGCAAGCUCAUGGAUUCUUGCUCUACAUCUUCAGGAGCUCUCCGGCAGCCAAGCAGGAGGAGCUGCUGGAGCUGAUGUGGGAGCUCUGGCCGGAGCUAUCCAACUAUGGACGCAAGGCCUCACAGUUCGUUGACCUUCUCGGCUACUUCUCCCUCAAGGCACCAUACAGUGUAGGCAAGUCCCUGCAGUAUGUCCAGAAGGCUGCUGCUCUUCUGAAGGCCCAGAAUCAAUGCCUUGCCAACCAUCCCAAUUCUAACAUCUACAACAUGUUAGCGGGUUUGGUAGAAUUCGAUGGGUUCUAUCUAGAGAGUGAUCCUUGCCUGGUUUGCAACAAUCCAGAAGUACCUUUCACUAACAUGAAACUGACGGCCCUGAAAGUAGACUCGAGGAACACGGCCAACUCCCAAAUUGUGAAGCUGGUUGGCACCCACACCAUCGCCAAGGUUACGCUCCGCAUCAGUGAUCUCAAGCGUACCAAGAUGGUGAGGACAAUCAACAUCUACUACAACAACCGCACUGUCCAGUCAGUGGUCGAACUCAAGAACAAACCCACGAUUUGGCACAAAGCCAAGAAAUGUGUGCUGGCAGCUGGACAGACAGAACUCAAGCUGGAGUUCCCCCUCCCCAUCGUCGCAGCCAACAUCAUGAUCGAGUACGCAGACUUCUACGACAACCUGACCGCGUCCGCCGAGACUCUGCAGUGCCCCCGCUGCAGCGCUUCUGUGCCGGCCAACCCCGGCGUUUGCGGCAACUGCGGAGAGAAUGUUUUCCAAUGCCACAAGUGCAGAGCCAUCAACUACGACGAGAAGGACCCGUUCCUGUGUAACUCCUGUGGAUUCUGCAAGUACGCCAAGUUUGACUACACACUGACUGCGAGGGCCUGCUGUGCUGUCGAUCCCAUCGAGAACGAAGAGGACAGGAAGAAGGCCACCACCAGCAUCAACUCCCUGCUUGAGCGAGCAGACCGUGUCUACCGUCAGCUCGUGUCACACCGCCCUCAACUAGAAGCACUGCUGGUCAAAGUUCAUGAAGCAGGAGGAGAAAAGUCUUCGGAUCUCUCAUCUGUAGCCUCCAGUGGUCCUUCCGGAAGCUCCGGCGUGGCCACCGUGAAUCGCGUCAUCCAGCUCCUGGCCCAGCGGUACUGUGGAGACUGCAAGGGUACCUUUGAAGAACUCAGCAAGAUCAUACAGAAAGUCCUGGCCUGCCGCAAGGAGCUCGUUGAAUAUGACUGCAGACAGAGGGAAUCCUCCUUGAAAGCUGGAGGACCACACUCCGGUAUGACCCCCCUCAUGUCGCCCCUACCCAGCCCUCACCCCACCCCACCUGCUAGCUCCAUGGCCAUGGAGGUAGCCAGCUGCCAGCAAGAAAGAAGCCUCGGGCGGUGCUACGGAUGUGCAGCAGCUGCUACGGAACAUUGUGUGACCCUUCUCAGAGCACUGGCCUCUCACCCAGAAACCAGACAGAUACUCGUCAAUCAGGGUCUAAUCCAGGAGUUGGUAGGAUACAACAUGCGCCGUGGAUCGGCCGUCAUCCGCACCGAAGUACGCCAGCUACUGUUCCUCCUUACCCGAGACAACGCCCCAGCUACUGAGCUACUCAACGACAUCCUUAUGGCUAGGAUUGGUACAGCUCUUCAAGGUCAUAGGUCAAAUCCGGACUUGGCUGGAGCUGUACGCAACGAGAUGGCUCUUUUGAUCCACACCAUUGAGAAGGACGACUCGUGCUGGGAGAAGAGACUCAAAUGCGUUAUGAAAUUGUUCUUGAUGGCUGUGAAGACCAGCAAUCCGGUUGUCAUGGAGAACAUCACGUUGCCAUGCCUACGCAUCCUUCAUCAUCUGGUCAAGCCCCCUCAACCCACCAGCAAGAAGAACAAGGUACUUGAGAAGACCGUUGAGAAUCUAAGCACAGUGAAGCCAGCUGGGAGUGAUAUCUACAUCAACACGACUAAGUGGAUGGGAGAAGGCCCAGUAGGAUACACACAUUGGAAGACUAGGGUGCCCACCAACAAGACUGGUGCAUCACCAGACACCAGCGAGAAGAAGGUCCCUUCCCAGCAGGCGAGGGGUCGGUACCUGAUCGAGAAGUACGGUAGACGUUGGAUGGCGAGCACCAAGAAGUCACCUGACAGUCUCAACCUCCGUGGUAACACCUGGCUCUGUAGGGUCCUCUUCUCAUCCUCCUCCAGGGCUGCCAGGCAGGUGGCUUCUAACAUCGUAGAGAGCGUCUGUCAGGUGUCAAGCCGUCGCCAGCAGAUGCUGGACCUGCUGACCAGCUACCUGGACCAGGUUGGACCGAGCGGAGAGAGUGCCCAAGAGUUCCUGGCCCUUUACCAACGUCUCAUCAAGGCGGACCACUGGAAGCUGUACCUGGCAGCCAAGGGUCUGCUCCCCCACCUGGCUGGACUCAUUGCUAAGGAAAUUCAUGUUCUAUCAACUCUCGAGGAGACGACAUUGACUUCUGAUCUCUCUCAAGGAUAUGCUCUAAAGAUGCUCACUGAUUUGCUAGCUUCUUUCCUGGACGUAUCCACCAUCCGUCGUCAUUACAAGUCCAAGCUGCUAGGACCGGUCCUUCACGGGUACCUGGCCCUUAGGAAGCUGGUUGUCCAGCGUACCAAGCUGGUGGAUGAGACACAGCAGACACUCCUUGAACUCCUGGAAGAGAUGACCUCAGGAACUGAGAUAGAGACAAGGGCAUUCAUGGAGGUGUGCGUGGAUACAGUGAAGAGAUAUGGACUAGAGGAUCUACGCACACCAGUCUUUAUAUUUGAACGGCUGUGCAGCAUCAUCUAUCCGGAGGAGAAUGAAAUCGGUGAAUUCUUUGUGACGUUAGAGAAGGACCCGCAGCAAGAAGACUUCCUCCAGGGUCGGAUGCAGGGUAACCCUUACAGCUCCAACGAACCAGACCUAGGGCCUCUAAUGAGGGACGUCAAGAACAAGAUAUGUAGAGAUUGUGAGCUGAUUGCUCUUCUGGAAGAUGACACAGGAAUGGAGCUGCUAGUGAACAACAAGAUCAUGAGUCUGGACUUGCCUGUAAAGGAUGUUUACAAGAAGAUCUGGUGCCCUGAUAACGAGGGAGAACCGAUGCGUAUCACAUACAGGAUGAGAGGUCUCCUAGGGGAUGCCACUGAAGAGUUCAUUGAAUCUGUGGAUAACACCAAUGAUGAGGACACCAAUGAUGAGGAUGUAUACAAGCUUGCUUCUGUGAUGAGUGAAUGUGAUGGACUGGCAGUCAUGCUACACAGGUUGGCGUACUUGAAUGACCUGGUCAGAGGUCAGCAGCUUUUGAUCGUCCUUCUCAAGCUCUUCAACUACAGUUCAAAGGUCAAGGCUAAUCGUCAGCGACUCAUCGAACCUGGAAUGCAGACCCUGAACAUCAUGCUCGCUGUUCUCAAUAGGGUGCUCCUGGCUGAACACGAGGAACCUGGAUCUGGAGGCGGAGCCAUGGUUGCCGAGCAACUGCUCUCCAUCAUGGAGGUGAUAUUGAUGGAGGCAAACAAUGAGCCUCUAGAGGGUGGAAAGCCGUCUGUGAUCCUCUCAUGUGAUAAAGCUCAGCUGGUAGCUCUACUGGAUCGCAUCAAUAGCCCGUUUGUCCGUAGCCAUGCCAGUGUUCUGCAGGGCUUGAUGCGGAUCAUCCCGUUUCUCUCGUUUGGUGAGGGGGACAAGAUGCGCACCCUCAUCCAUCACUUCAAACCCUACCUAGACUUGGACAAAUUUGAUGUGGACCACUCUCAAGAUGAUGAGAUUCAUGUAGAAAGCUUCUGUGUCAUUACAGCCGGCAUAGAGAACAAUGUGAAUGGUGUUCAGCUGAAGGAUAUGAUGAUAGAGGAAGAGAUAGUCAAGGAUGCCAUCAAAUAUGUCAGCCGCAAGAUUCCUCUUGCUAGCAACCUCGACUCCCUGCCUUGGAAAGAAUUCUUGUCCAAGCCUGCCCUGCCCUACGUUCUACGUAUACUGACGGGAUUGUGUACCGGGCAUCCAAAAUCACAGCUGCUGGCAGGGAAUGAGAUCAUCCCAGCCAUUCAUAAGAUGGAGCAGAUCUCUUCUGAAGAAGGCAUCGGGUCGCUCUCUGAGAACCUGAUGGAAGCGCUCAAGUCCAACCCGACGGUCGCCAAGAAGAUUGAUGAGGUCCGGGCUCAGACUAAAGCUGAGAAGAAGAGGCUUGCCAUGGCGAUGAGGAUGAAACAGCUAGGUGCUCUGGGCAUGUCGACCAACGAGAAGGGCCAAGUGACAGCCAAGAAGACAGUCUUCAAACAGAUGGAGGAAUUGAUGGAAGAGACUGGUUUGACAUGCUGUAUAUGUAGAGAAGGAUACAGAUACCAACCAGAGAAGGUAUUGGGAAUCUACACAUUCACCAAGUGUUCACCGUUAGAAGACUUUGAGAUCAAAUCUCGCAAGACCCAGGGAUACACGACUGUAUCUCACUUCAACAUCGUGCACUAUGACUGCCAUGUAGCUGCUGUAAGGCAUGCUCGUGGUCGUGAGGAGUGGGAGAGUGCAGCCCUUCAGAAUGCUAACACCAAGUGCAAUGGACUCCUACCCCUGUGGGGACCCUCAGUACCAGAAUCGGCUUUUGCUAGCUGCUUAGCAAGACAUAACAGCUACCUGCAGGAGUGUACCGGCCACCGUGAACCAGCACAUCAUGCUACCAUCCAUGAUCUUAAGCUUCUACUUCAACGGUUUGCCUUUGAGCGUUCCUUCAGUGAUGAUAGCGGGGGAGGGGGUAGACAGAGCAAUGUUCAUCUCGUACCUUAUCUCAUGCACAUGGCACUCUAUGUCAUCAACACAACCCGCUCUGUGCCACGGGAAGAGAAGAACCUGAACGCUCUCCUCAAGUCCCUACCCUCCAAGUGGGUGGAAGCGAGCUACGAGGUCGACGGUCCCUACUACUAUGCCGUGCUCCACGUUCACCUGCUCCCUCCGGAGAAAUGGAAGGAGAAUCGUCUCACCAUCCUCCGGCAGCUCCUCGUAGCGGCUCAAACCCGGCAUGUCAGUCCCUCGGGAGCUACUAUGUUGACAGACAAGCACAUGAAGGAUUACAAGGUGUAUAAAGGAACCCUCGUCUUCUUCGGUCUGGUAGAGAGACUCUACUCACUCCUACUCAAAGAGAUGACCCAUACUACCGGUAGCACGUGGCCUGUCAAUCUAGCUAGCUACAUCAGAAACAAUGAUGAGAUCUUACUCAAGGCUGGAGAUAAGUUGCUGCUCAUGUAUGAAGAAGAUCUGUUACCGUGCGAGUCCUUUGCUGAAUUCUGCGAUGUUGAUGGUCUCCUCGGCGAUAUACCAAAUCCGGAUCAGUUCUUGGCAGACACGCUCAAGUCUAUUCCAUAAUUAAUUUCCAGUCCUCAUUUGUGCAGUGGAGUUCAGUGUUAUUUUAUCAUCGUGAUUGAUCAAUCCAACCCGCAGGAUUGUCUUUGUGAAUCAUUGCUUUGUUAAAGUAGGGUACUCUUUUUUGUUGUUGGGUGUGUGUUUUGUAAUUCAUACCUUUGAGUCAGUGUGUUUACAAAUAUAGCGCUAACUUGUAAUUUAACCUGUAUUGUGUAUGAAUACAUCCCGGUUAAAAUAACCAGAUAUAUAUCCAUAUAAAUUCAAGUGAUAUACGUUUUGCAGCUUUUAAACCCAUUUAAAGCAUGAGAUAUGUGAUCCUUCAUAAUCAUGUUUCAAUCAAAUCAAAGUGAAAUAAUGCAAUAAUGUUUCACUUUUUAUUUAAAAGAAAACCUUGUUAUGUUGAAGAUAUUUGGAUCUAUUAACCUUGAGCAUCCAUGUCAAAUCUCGGGUGAGGGAUACCUUUUAUUGAUUUUGAAGCAAGUGAAUUUCCAUGAAGCCUUUGUUUUACUUUUCCCAUAUUUUCUCUGUUACUUUGCAGGACACUACACUAACUUUAGUUUCAUUACACAAUUUGUUUCCAUUAUCAAAGAGUGAUAGAUAUCUGGUUCAUAAAACCGAUAUGCACAUAAUAUAUAUAAACAAAAAUAAUUGAAAAACUUUGCAUAUUGGGAAGCUCUUGAAAUACAUGAAAUAAAUGAGAAUUUAACACAAUAGUAUUAUUCUUCUCAGCUAUUAAAGUCAUGUAAAGCUCCCUUGACUUCUUUCUUCAUUUCUGAUUUUGAGGAGUGUCUUUAGCUAUUGCACCAUACAUGUACAUGUCAACUAAGGUAACAGAUCGUUAAGUUUUAAAGAGUACUCUACUUUCACUCGGCAGGUAAUUAAGAUUUUUUAGUUUUGCAAGCAAAGUAUACACCUGUAUUUCAUGGUCUUAGCUUUAUAUACCAUUUUAGCUAGCUGGCAAUUUAGCGUAUACACUGUAUGAAGUAUGUGAGUGUUCCUCUAUGUGUUUUUAAGAGUGACAUUUUCUAUUAAGGCAAUGUCAAAAUCCUUUAAAAAUCUAUUUCUCUUUAUAUGUGUAUAGCGUAUUAGUAGCUACAUGUAUCAUUGCAAUUUAUAUGUAGUAUUUGUUUGUUUAUUUUUUUUAAUCUUUUAUGAUUGACAUAAAAUCAGUAAACGUUGAAAAUCUGGUAACUCCAUUUCUUUUGUAUAACAAAAUAGUAGCAACAUGUAUCAUGGCAGUUUAUAUGUAGUAUGUGUUGAUUCUUUGUGGUGUUUUAAUGAGUGACAUGAAAUAAAACAAUGUUGAAAUUUGGUGAAUCCAUUUCUUUUGUAUGUAAUAGUACCGACAUGUAUCAUGGCAGUUUAUGUGUAGUAUGUGUGGUUAUUUUUUAUUUUUUGAAUGAGUGAUAUAAAAUAAGUUAAUGUUGAAAUCUGGUCAAUCUAUUUCUUUGGUACACGUAUAACAUAGUACCAACAUAUAUAAUGACAGUUUAUAUGUAGUUUCCUGCGUUUUUAUGAGUGACAUGUCCAUGAGACAAGUCAAAGGUGAAUUGAUUGAAAUGGGUGUACAUGUACUUUCUUAUCUUAUCUUUUCUUAUAGCACUAACUGUUGAUUAAUGGUUGGAGCUUGUACUGUGCAGGUGUAUUGGAAUUGAUAUAAUAGGAGUAUACAUGUAACACUGCUAGAUGUAAGGACUAUGUGCAUAUCAAUUCAAUUGAUAUACACGUACAUGGAUGCAUGUUCAGUGGAACUUUGAGCAGAUUGAUGACAAAAAUGACUACUUACUUUAGCUUUAUUAAACUGAUCUUACCCAGAUUAUUAAUUCAUCUGUUAUCCACCUCAAUAUUAUUUGUUUUAUUUAAGGAUUAGAUAUGACAUUUUGAUAGGGAAUUCUAAGUCGUUGAUCGAAAACGGUAUAGUGAACCAGACACAAAAUUCUUCUGUGUGGAUUUCUUGUACUUUUUGUUGUUGUUGUUGAACAUUGUGUGGAAAACUAACCCCAUGAUAACUUGGGAUAGAAUCCAUUAGAAAUGCAUGCCACAUAAUGAUUAAACCAUCUCUAAGGACUUGUAAAGCCUUGAGGAUAUAUACAAGUAAUGUUAUGAAUGAUGUAUGUUUCAUUUUCUACAUGCAUAGGAUGAAUUCACUCUUGAUGAUAAAGAAGUGAUAUUAUUGACAAUAUAUAUAUAUAUACAUGUUCAUCGUAAUCCAAGUAACCUUUUUGGUGACCUUUUCACAAACGUCAAGGGACUUGUUCUGACUGCAUAUUGCAAUAUGUUCCCUGUACGUGAAACCUUAAUAGACUUCAGACAAAAAAUUGUCAGACAAUGUCUAUAUAGAAUGUAAUUUUGAAACGAGUUGAAUGACUACUAAUACUUAAGUAUAAUGAUUUAUAUCCCAUAAUUAGGGUCCUUAUACUUAUUUGACUGAAGUCAUUUUUAUUUAGACGAUAUAGAUGUCGUUGUUUGUAUGCAGACUAAAACAUGCAUUAUAGAAGCAUAUUACAGAUUACUAUGAAGUACAUGUAGGUAGAUUAGUAAUAUUUUGUUGAGACCUGAAGACCAUGAAAUACAAGUGUUUUAUGUUUAUAUUCAUUUCUCUUCAAUAUACGGCAAGAAUGCAUGGUGUAAAAUGUAUGCAGUGAGCUUUAAAGCGAUACUGAACUGGUGAACUUUCUGACCUAGGUCAACUUGCCAACAGUGCAUAACCCAAUACCUAAUUCCAGCUGAGCGGAGAUGGCGGUAGAGGUGCUUGUAAUACAGUAUGGCUUGAAAGACAGAUUGCUUGAAUGUUUCAACAAAGUAGUUCAAAUUGAAGACUUGUACAUCGCUAGAAUUAAGUUAAGUGCGAUGUACCACAUACAUAUUUAUCUUCAUUCGUGGGUUACUGCAAGUCAUAAGUUAAGCUAGAGAAAAUGUCAGAUUUAAGCAGCGUAAUCGUGAUGCUUAACUACUUACAUAUCUGUCAUGAUCAUUCUUCAUCGAUUAUGUUUAACAAUGAAUAACCAACAUGUACCAUUUUACCGUUACUAUGCCAGGUGUUUUAGUAAGGAAAAUAUACGGGAUGGGGAACAAAAAAUAAAUGUAUGUACUGGUACUUAUCCAUAAUAUGAAGUGUUUAGGAGUGGAUUUCAAAUGAGUGAAUUUGCAUACAUAUAUAUCAGUAUAGCUCAGCGGAUCAGGAAACGGUAUAGGGGGCUUGUUGGUCUGAGGCACUCUUUGAAAAUAGUUAUUUCCAGUCGAACUGUUAUUGCAUAUCAGUGUAGCACAUGUAGAUGUAGAUAGUUGUAAUAACACAUCAUUGCUUACCAGGUACACAUUUCCUUUCUGUGUGUAGUAGUUAGCUAUCAUGAUGUUGGAUUGUGUAGCUAGUGUUGCCUACAUUCACUUUAAAUAUACUUUGCUUGCAAAUAAAAAUACAUCCAAGUACAAUAAA